UAAACAAUUUUAAGUAAACAUCCUCAUAAGUCAUAAUCCAACCAAACUAGGAUCAAAAUGAUCCAGCAUUCCAACAAAACAUCACAUGAUCACUUUCUUGUUUUCUUGUUCAUUUUGUGGCUUUUCCUAUCCUUCUUUACUAAUGCCUUCCAAAAUACUAACAUGAUCAAGUGCAUUAACGAGGAAAGAGAAACCUUGCUUCAGUUCAAACAAGAUAUUCAAGCAGACCAUUGUGUAGGGAAACUUUCAUCUUGGGAAGGCGGAGAAGAGAACCGAGAUUGUUGCAAGUGGCAUGGUAUCCUUUGCAACAACUUCACCGGUCAUGUCGUCGCCAUUAAUCUUGGUGGCAAUAGUGACUAUCAUUGUCUAGAAGGUAAACUGAGCCCUUCCCUUCUUAAGUUGAAGCAUUUGGAAUAUUUGGACCUUAGCUUUAACAUAUUUCAAGGCCAAAGUAUUCCUACAUUUAUUGGUUCACUUGCUAAUUUUAAGCACCUUAAUCUUUCUAAUUCCGGGUUUAUAGGGAAUAUUCCUCAUGAAUUAGGAAACCUUUCUAGCUUAACAUCUCUUGAUCUUAGUGAUAAUAAAGUUGAUGUCAAAAGAUUGGGUUGGCUUUCUCAUCUUACUUCUUUGAGUGUCAUAAACUUAAGUAGCAUUGAUCUUAGUGAAGUUCAAGAUUGGUUCCAAAUAGUUAACAACUUCUCUGUCUUGAAGGUUUUGAAGAUGGAUUGGUGUAAUCUUCCUUCAACUAUUCCAUCUUCACUUACAUAUAAUCAUGCUUCAUCUACUCUCCAUUAUCUUAGUCUCGCUCACAAUAAUUUCGGUGAUCCAUCAAUAUUCCAAUGGUUAUUCAACAUAAGCAAAAUUAGUAAAAAUCUUGUCUAUCUUGACCUCUCUGGUAAUGCACUUCCAGGUUCCAUCCCAAGUGGUUUGAAAGAUAUGCACUUCCUUUCAUAUCUCGACCUGUCUUCUAAUGCUUUUGAAGGCCCUAUCCCUUUGUACUUCGGAAAUAUGCACUCCCUUUCCCAUCUCGAUCUUUCUGCUAAUGUCCUAGAGGGUCCUGUCUCAAGUUCUUUCUGGAAUAUGCAAUCCCUUUCUUACCUUGAUGUAUCUGGUAAUACACUUGAAGGUCACAUUCCUGAAACGAUUUCAAACCUUAAGCAUGUUGUGCAUCUUGAUCUAUCUUGGAAUAACUUUCAAGGGACAGUUCCAAAAACCCUUGGUGAGUUGUGUGGUUUACAAUUCUUGGAGUUGAGCUACAAUAAUCUCACAGGUGAUCUUUCUAAUGUCAUUAAAAGCUUAUCUGUAUGUUCUCACAAGUCGCUGAGGUUUCUAAAUUUGGAAACCAACCAUUUUUCGGGUUCAGUUCCUGAUACAAUUGAACUUUUUUCUUCAUUGAGGGUACUUUAUCUUGAUGCAAACCAGCUAAAUGGUACAAUUAGUCAAGGGAUUGCAAAACUUUCCAUGCUUGAGACUUUGAGGCUUUCUUCCAAUUCUUUGAAAGGUAGUAUCUCUGACAACCAUUUAGCGAACUUUUCUAGAUUACGCAACUUAGACUUGUCAGAUAAUCCUAGAUUGGUGGUUAACAUCAGUGCUGAUUGGGUUCCACCAUUUCAGUUGGACUCCAUAUAUCUGAGCUUGUGCAAGUUAGGCCCUCAUUUCCCUAAAUGGUUACAAGCCCAAAACAGAAUCACUUGGGUUGAUAUAUCCAUUGCUGGAAUUUCAGACAUUAUUCCUGUUUCUUUUUGGAACUCAUUGUCAUCCAAAAUAGAGCAUCUGAAUAUGUCUCAUAAUAACAUUCAUGGGAUGCUCCCAAGUAAUUUGUCGAUCACCUUUCGAGAACUCCCUCAGAUUGAUUUGAGUUCAAAUUCUAUGGAGGGUGCAAUCCCUUCUAAACGCUUCCGCAUAACACCUUCUUUUCUAGGGAAUAUCUCCUCGUUAUCACUAAAUGAUAACUUGUUUUCUAACCCGAAUCCUUUUUUGUGUCCACAAACUAAGAUGGAGCUCUCCAAUCUUGAUCUUUCAAACAAUUUGUUCUCAGGGGAGCUACCAGAUUGUUGGAUGUACUUUGAUGAAUUAUCAAUCCUCAGAUUAGAAAACAAUAACUUCUUAGGGAACUUACCAACAUCUAUUGGUGUCCUGAAGAAGCUCCAAGCAUUGCACUUGCGCAACAACAGCUUUUCAGGCGAACUACCAACAUCCUUACAGAACUGCACAUCUUUAGUCCUUUUAGAUGUGUCAUAUAAUUCACUUACAGGGUAUAUACCCUCAAUGAUUGGUCACAAUCUAAAGAGGCUCGGUAUUCUUAGUCUUCGAAGUAAUCAUUUUUUCGGGGUUCUACCUUUGAGCUUGUGUCAGCUUUCACAUCUCCAAAUCUUGGAUCUUUCCUUCAACCACAUCUCUGGAAAUAUACCAAGAUGCAUACACAAUCUAAAGGCCAUGACCAGCACAUCAGAUCUCUUGCCAGAAAUAUUGUAUCAAUAUGAUUUCUCUGUUAUUAUGAGAUACUAUGAUGCUGCAUUUGUAAUGUGGAAAGGAAAAGAUCAGCUAUUCAGGAAUUCUUUGGGACAAGUUAAAUUCAUUCAUAUGUCAAACAAUGCACUUGAAGGAGAUAUUCCUGAAGGAAUUACAAAUCUUGUUGGUCUUGUUUCCUUAGACUUAUCAGAUAACAAGCUGAAUGGAAGUAUUACACCCAAAAUAGGAAUGUUGAAAUCUUUGGAAUUGCUUGAUUUGUCAAGCAAUCAUCUUUCUGGUGAGAUCCCAGCAACUCUUGCUAAUUUGAAUUUCCUAGGCAUGCUGAACUUGUCAUACAACAACUUGUCCGGAAAAAUUCCAACAGGCACUCUACUACAAGGCUUUGAUACUUCAGCUUAUUUCGGAAACCCGAAACUCUGUGGAGCUCCACUUGCUAUAUGUGCUAAAGAUCGACCACGCAACGAUACCUCGAGUGGAGAUGACAUUGUCACUCAUCAAGAGCAUGAUGGUGAUGAAAUUUUUCCAGGAUUGUAUAUAAGUGUGGUGCUUGGUUUUAUUGUAGGCUUUUGGGGAGUUUGUGGAAGUCUUGUCAUCAAAAGAUCUUGGAGAUAUGCCUUUUUAAGGACCCUUGAUAAUGUGAAAGACACAGUCUGCGGAUGAUAUAUGGCAAAUUGGCAAUUAACGAAUUCAAAGUUUGGGGGAAGCUCUGAAUAUAGUUGAUAAAAGUAUAUUUCAGUUUUCUUUUUUGUAAUAUUGUUUUACAUGUAGCUUAUGUAAUAUCAUUACUAAAAGUCUAAAACCAUGAUAAAAAAAUGUUGAUUAGCUUUA